AAACCCUACAUAGUUCAUCGUCUCGUUUCCAAACAGUGCUAGUGCAAUGGCGGACUUAACCCUACCCGAACAUAUGAUACUGCUCAUCCUCUCUUUCCUUCCUGUGAAAUCCUUAAUCCGAUUCACCUGCGUUUCGAAACGCUUCCAUUCCAUCAUUCUCUCCGACCCCAAUUUCGCUAAAUCCCAAUUUCGAGUAGCCCAUGACCGCAAAACCCUUGCUCAGAGACUCCUGUACUCCUCUACCGUCCCUAAACUCGAAUCCCUAGACUUGGACUCGCCGUCGUUUAAACACCCUUCCUCUGUUAGAAAGCACAAAUUGCCUUCCGCGCCAGCACAUGAUGAUGUCUUGCCGCUCGGCUCAUGCAACGGUAUUGUAUUUCUCGCAUUUGAUGACAAAAUCAUUUAUUCGUGGAACCCUUCAACUGGUUUCUUCAAGAAAUUACCUGACCCGGGUUUUUCCCCAAACAAAAUCUCCGUUUACGGUGUUGGCCAGUUGCCUGCCACCGAUGACUACAGAGUUUUCGUCGUCUCCACUGACUAUGCGGACGACAAGAAUGAGCUGGCCAUGUUCUCAUCCAGAGCUAAAGCUUGGAAAAAACUCGAGGUCGAUUUCGACGAGUUCUGUUUUUGCUCUAAUCAGGGGAUUCAUUUGAAUGAGGCACUUCAUUGGCUUGAUACUUCAAAAGAAAUCGUGGCUUUCGAUUUGGGUCAGGAGGAGAAGCACAAGUUCAGGAAAAUGUUGCUGCCGCGGGAUUUCAAUGAUGGCGGAGGUGACUACUAUGAGAAUCAUCUUGGAGUUUCUGCUGGAGGAUACCUGUCUCUAGCUCGUAAUCUAUAUGUUUGCGGUGAUUCCGUUGAUAUAUGGGUGAUGGGAGAAUAUGGUGUGCGUGACUCGUGGACUAAGCGCUUUAACUUGAAGUUUUCGCAUCCCCCUAGACAGGAUUGGAAUUUCAAUAGUGUUUUGGUUCUGGAAACUACUAUGGUUGCAGAGAUAUAUGUUCACAAGAGGCAUGAGAUUGGGCGUGGGUUGGUAAAGAUUGGGAAAAAAGAAGAAGACACCCGUAGCAUGUAUAAAGAUGAGGGUGAUUGGCUUAAUAUGAUUCAAUAUCAAGAGAGUCUACUCCGGAUAGAGGAUUAGUCCUUGUUCGUUCCCUGGAUAACAUAGCUGGUUGGGCUUUAUUGGAGGGUUCUUUGAUCGAGUGGUGAUUUGGACCGGAUUUAAUUGGAAGCUAGCUAUAUAUUUGUCUAAUGGCUGCCAGUGUGUUGAUGUAUACUAUUUAUCUUGUUUUAUUGUUUUCUUUCGGAAUUUCUAAUCUAUCCUAUAAGAAAUUUAUGUGUUGGUGAAUGAUCAUCUAUAUUGAGACGUGUAGUGGAACUCUUGUUGACUAGCUUGUCAAUUACUCUUUAUGAUGGAUAAUGUGUUUCGUUCUUUAUAGUUGUUCUGUUAUGCUGUUUCACU